GCGGCGCCGUGGGGGCCCCCGCGACCCCCGGCAGCCCGGCCAUGGGCGGCCCUGCGCUGCCGAGCCGCUCCCAGCCGGCGGGGGCACGGCCCCGGAAGGCGGGGGUGCAGAGGCGAGCCGGGCAUGCCGGGCCAGGCCUCCACCUUGGACAGAGGCCAGCCCCGGCCCCUCCCUGGUGUCAGCGCCUUCUGCCAGGCCCUGAAGGCCCAAGGGAUGAUUGAGUGUUGUUCAAGGUCUGUUGGUCCAUCCAGAGUGGCGCUGUGCCACCAGCCCCGGGCUGCGGCAGGGAGAGGAGUUACUGUAAGUGGAAGAGGCAGGUGUCCCUGGUCCGCCGGAGAUCUGGACUCGGGAAGCACGGGCCAGCUCUGGUUUCAGCUAUUUAAACAGACGAGGACUUGCUGGCUGGGAGGCUGCGCCACGUCCUGGGCCCACUCAGCCGGUGCACAGCCUCAGCCGGCAGGACGGGCUGAGUGGACAGUCGCGUCUCUUUCCACCGGGCUCCCUGAGGCCCCCGGGAGGGGUCCCCAACCAACCCCUGGAUUCUCCCUUGUACGGGACCGCUGAGAAUCAAAGCAGAUCGUGUGGAGGAAGCUGAGAUGCCCUGUAUCCAAGCCCAAUAUGGGACACCAGCACCAAGCCCAGGACCCCGUGACCACCUGGCCAGCGACCCCCUGACCCCUGAGCUCAGCAAGCCCACCAUGGACCUGGCCAGCCCCGAGGCGGCCCCUGCUGUCCCCACGGCCUUGCCCAGCUUCAGCACCUUCAUGGACGGCUACACAGGGGAGUUUGACACCUUCCUCUACCAGCUGCCGGGAACAGCCCAGCCGUGCUCCUCGGCCUCCUCCUCGGCCUCCUCCACAUCCUCAUCGUCGGCCACCUCCCCAGCCUCAGCUUCCUUCAAGUUCGAGGACUUCCAGGUGUACGGCUGCUAUCCUGGCACCUUGAGUGGCCCGCUAGAUGAGACCCUGUCCUCCAGUGGCUCUGACUACUAUGGCAGUCCCUGCUCAGCCCCGUCACCGUCCACGCCCAGUUUCCAGCCGCCCCAGCUCUCUCCCUGGGACGGCUCCUUCGGCCCCUUCUCGCCCAGCCAGACUUAUGAAGGCCUGCGGGCAUGGACAGAACAGCUGCCCAAGGCUUCUGGGCCCCCCCAGCCGCCAACCUUCUUUUCCUUCAGCCCUCCCACCGGCCCCAGUCCCAGCCUGACCCAAAGCCCCCUGAAGCUGUUCCCCUCGCAGGCCGCCCACCAGCUGGGGGAGGGAGAGAGCUAUUCCAUGGCAACAGCGUUCCCAGGCCUGGUACCCACUUCCCCACACCUUGAUGGCUCGGGGAUGCUGGAUGCGCCCGUGACCUCAGCCAAGGCCCGGAGUGGGGCUCCGGGUGGAAGUGAGGGCCGUUGUGCUGUGUGUGGGGACAACGCCUCGUGCCAGCAUUAUGGCGUCCGCACCUGCGAGGGCUGCAAGGGCUUCUUCAAGCGCACAGUGCAGAAAAAUGCCAAGUACAUCUGCCUGGCUAACAAGGACUGCCCUGUGGAUAAGAGGCGGCGAAACCGCUGCCAGUUCUGCCGCUUCCAGAAGUGCCUGGCUGUGGGCAUGGUGAAGGAAGUUGUCCGGACAGACAGCCUGAAGGGGCGGCGGGGUCGGCUGCCUUCAAAGCCCAAGCAGCCCCCGGAUGCCUCCCCUGCCAAUCUCCUCACCUCCCUGGUCCGGGCGCACCUGGACUCAGGGCCCAGCACUUCCAAACUGGACUACUCCAAGUUCCAGGAGCUGGUGCUGCCCCACUUCGGGAAGGAGGACGCCGGGGACGUGCAGCAGUUCUACGAGCUGCUCUCGGGUUCCCUGGAGGUUAUCCGCAAGUGGGCUGAGAAGAUCCCCGGCUUUGCCGAGUUGUGCCCCGGGGACCAGGACUUGCUGCUUGAGUCCGCCUUCCUGGAGCUCUUCAUCCUCCGCCUGGCCUACCGGUCUAAGCCGGCCGAGGGGAAGCUCAUCUUCUGCUCAGGCCUGGUGCUGCACCGGCUGCAGUGUGCCCGCGGCUUCGGGGACUGGAUCGACAGCAUCCUGGCCUUCUCUCGCUCCCUGCACAGCUUGGUGGUUGACAUCCCUGCCUUUGCCUGCCUCUCUGCGCUCGUCCUCAUUACAGACCGGCACGGGCUGCAGGAGCCCCGGAGGGUAGAGGAGCUGCAGAACCGCAUUGCCAGCUGCCUGAAGGAGCACGUGUCAGCCGAGGCGGGCGAGCCCCAGCCGGCCAGCUGCCUGUCGCGCCUCCUGGGCAAGCUGCCCGAGCUGCGGACCCUGUGCACCCAGGGCCUGCAGCGCAUCUUCUACCUCAAGCUGGAGGACUUGGUGCCCCCUCCGCCCAUCGUGGACAAGAUCUUCAUGGACACGCUGCCCUUCUGACCCCGGCCCGGGAACACGCGUGCACCCCGUGUGCACGCUCGGACGCCACCCCACGUGCCUUUAGCCCACGGCCCACGGACCCCUGGAGCUCCGCGCCCCCCGGCCUGGGCCCAAGCUGCAGACUGGCGGCGCCUCCCACCACCUGCUCUGGGAGGUCGGCAGGGAGCUCAGGCCCUGGGGGAGGGGGAUGCAUCCACAGGGGUGACCCUUACUAUUUGUCUUACCCCCCAGCCCAGCCCUGGUCUUCAUGUUUUUGUAAGAUAAACCGUUUUUAACACACACACCGCCACGCUGUAAAUAAGCCAAAUGCUGCUGUAAAUACAGGAAGGAAGAGGUUGAGGUGGGAGUGGGGGUUGGGAGGGAGGGAUGGGUUCCCACCCGCCUCCUCCUGCGUGCUCUCCUCCCGCCCGCCUUCCACGUGUACAUAGACUCACUCUAGGAGGAAGACGAAUGACAGACUCUGACAUUUAUAUUUGUGUAUUUUCCUGGAUUUAUAGUAUGUGACUUUUCUGAUUAAUAUAUUUAAUAUAUUGAAUAAAAAAUAGACA